UAGAAAGAGCAGGGAUUGGUCCCAACCUCCGAGGCUGCCGGGAAGGGGCGGGGCUUAUCGUAGGUUAUUAACAUCAAUCAGAGGGCCGACGGAAGUGCUGUGUUGUUGCCGGAAGUGGGAAGGAGAGUGUUGUGAUGGCGGCUUCGGUUCUAACCGAGAAGGUGCUGGCGAGCAGUGAGCAGGAGGAGCAGCCCCUCGCGGCGGCGGAGGAGCUGUCCGCCCAGAAGCGCGAGCAGAGACUCCGCAAGUUCCGGGAGCUGCACCUGAAGCGGAAUGAAGCCCGUAAAUUAAAUCACCAGGAAGUUGUGGAAGAAGAUAAAAGACUGAAGUUACCUGCAAAUUGGGAAGCCAGAAAAGCUCGUUUGGAGUGGGAACUACAGGAGGAAGAAAAGAAAAAGGAAUGUGCAGCCAGAGGGGAGGACUAUGAGAAAGUGAAGUUACUGGAGAUCAGUGCGGAAGAUGCAGAAAGAUGGGAGAGGAAAAAGAAGAGGAAAAACCCCGACCUGGGAUUUUCAGAUUAUGCUGCUGCCCAGUUACGCCAGUAUCAUCGGUUGACCAAACAGAUCAAACCUGACAUGGAAACAUAUGAGAGACUGAGAGAAAAGCAUGGAGAAGAGUUUUUCCCAACAUCCAACAGUCUUCUUCAUGGAACACAUGUGCCUUCCGCACAGGAAAUUGAUAGGAUGGUCACAGAUCUGGAAAAACAAAUUGAAAAACGAGACAAAUAUAGCCGGAGACGACCUUAUAAUGACGAUGCAGAUAUCGACUAUAUUAAUGAAAGGAAUGCCAAAUUCAACAAAAAGGCAGAAAGAUUCUAUGGGAAAUAUACAGCUGAAAUUAAACAGAAUUUGGAGAGAGGAACAGCUGUCUAAUCUUCAGGAACUGUUUUUAGAAGCUUGGGAUGGAGUGAAAAUUUCUGCUAGCAGAACUGUCUAUGCCUUCCCACUCAGCAUUUAAAAAUAAAUGUUUUUUCUUAAUCAUAUAUUUCCAAAUUUUUGUGUUUGGAUAUAAGAUGUAUUUCUUGUAGUGUACUUGUUUUGUAAUAAUCUACUUUGUAUAAAUCCUAAUUAUAUUAUUUUUCUAUGUAUUUUAAAUGUGUGAUUGUUUAAUCUUUGAAGCAUUUUGGGCUUAAGAUUGCUGGUACCAAACAUAAAUUCAGUCACUGUCGCUUUGAAUCAUGUUGGGAAUUUGACAGAAUCUAGAGUUGGACUCAGGAACCAUGUGGGAUUGAAGCUAAGGACAGUGAUGAAGGUGUGGCAGUGGCUCCUGGAGGACUGGUGCAGGCUGGACCCAGGACUGCUUAUGACCAAGUUCAGGAAGUAACAGAACUGUCCUCCUGUGAAUAUGGACCAUGUACUGUUCCCUUUUUUUACAAAGCAAAUAUCCUGUGGAAUAAAAUCCCUACUAAACCCUC